ACAUGCACUACCCGCUCUUUAUCAUUAGCUGUCAGACAGAUGCCUGCGACAGUCGGAGAGUUAGAGUUUCGGAGGAAGGACAACGGGGACUAUAGAACAGACUGAUCAAAAGAUAUGGAGUGGCAGUCGAUUUUUGUCGCCAAUUGAGACCCGUUUGGUAAGAGUUGAGCUUGUCUCGUUCCUAUACACAGUGUUAUUUACUACUCAUUAAUGCCAAUAUCGUUUGAACUGCUCUUGCGCAAUGGAGCCCUAAAUAGUUGCAUGUUUUCUUUAAAAAAGAGAACCGUUUUAUACCUUGGAGACUUUGGAAACUUUGCAGAAAAGCAACAAGAGAAAUGGAAGCAAUUUGGGGGAAAUCCACUGAAUCACAAUGAUUCAACAAUGUCAGCCCAUUGGUCACAGACGUCAGUUCAAUGUCUAAUUUUGAGUUGUCAACUAACUUGAAUUCAACCUGAAAUCAACCAAACAUGUCACCAUGUCAUUGGAUUUAGGUCAAAAGUUGGGUGGAAAAAAAUAGUUUCCCAGGUUGACUCAAGGUCAUCAAAUUAACAUUUUUGCUUGAAAUGAGUGGAAAGAAUGUUGAUUCAACCGUUUUUUGCUCAGUGGAAUGGGUCUUAACACUUACCAUAGCCCUUUCUGCUGCCAAACAAGGGUGACUUUAAGAGGUUGAGGCGGCACACCACAAAACUGACAGCCUGACACACACACACACUGAGCCUUCGAGUCAUGCUGUCGAACGAGAGCUGCGAGAACAGCACCCAUAUCCACACGGACGGGAAUCCGGUGGUGAGCACGGUGAUGUUCAUCCUGGGGGUGAUGGGGAACUUCAUCGCCCUGGCCAUCCUGGGUGUCCACCGGAAGGAGCGGCGCACCAAGUCCUCCGUCUUCUGCAUCCUGGUGACGGGACUGGCCCUCACUGACCUGCUGGGUACCUGCUUCCUCAGCCCCCUGGUGUUUGUGUGCUAUGCCCGCCAGCGGUCCCUGCUGGGGCUCACUGGGGACCAGGGACUCUGUGGCCUCUUCGCCUUUGCCAUGACCUUCUUCGGCCUGGCCUCAAUGCUCAUCCUCUGUGCCAUGGCCGUGGAGCGCUGCCUGGCCAUAAGCCACCCCUAUUUCUACUCCAAGUGUGUCCGACGCAGCUUCGCCAAGGUGGCCCUCCUGCUUAUCUACGUCUUCACCUGCGCCUUCUGUGUUUUGCCAUUCUUCGGCUACGGCCGCCACAAGCAGUACUGCCCGGGCACGUGGUGCUUCAUCAAGAUGGAGGCGGUGGGCGAGGGGGCGGACGAAGAGAGGAAGGUUCUGGCAUUCUCGCUGUCCUACGCCUCGGUCAUGGCGCUGCUGAUUGUGGCGGUGUUUGUGUGCAACGGGUCGGUGAUCGUCAGCCUGUGCCGGAUGCACCGCAGCCAGAUGACACGCCGUGGUUCGGUGGUGAAUGGCGGGAGGAAGAGGAAGAUGAGUCUGGGCUGGUUCGGACAGGGGGAGGAGGAGAUGGACCACCUGAUGCUGCUGGCCUCUAUGACGGUCAUCUUCGUUGUCUGCUCCUUGCCGCUCACUAUUGCCGGUUUCGCCAAUGCCAUCGAGCCGGUGGGUGACGACCAGGAGAACCUGCUGGCAUUCCGUUUCCAGGCCCUCAACCCCAUCGUUGACCCCUGGGUGUUCAUCAUCUUCCGCAAGUCCGUGUUCCGCCACCUCCGCUCGCUGCUGCGCUGCCGUUUCACGGGGGGAGCGGUGAAGAACACGGCCCACUGCACCGUCUCCUUACCCCCUGACGACCACAGGGAGUCUCCUAAGCCCUCGCCCUCCGUCUCCCUGCAGCCCAAGCUAUACUCCAGCCGGCCCCUCUGAUGUGAGGGGUGGGACCCGGGGCAGGAAAGAGGAUGAGAGUUAUUGAUGUAUGUAUGUGGGAGAGCAGACAAUGGGGGAAGGGGUUCUGGAUAGAGGAUUUGGAGAGUUCACUUUGCUGACCACCAGUUCUUACAGGUGCCUUAUACGCUGUUAACUAGAAUACAUAUGCGUAUACUGAUGCAUGAGCUACAUAUUUCAUACAUGGCCGUGCCGUAUAAAAAGACUGCAAAGGAGUGGAUAAAGUGAUUGAUUGUGCCUUUAAACUCACUGAAAACUUAACUCAAAGCAACUGAAAUGGACAGAAACUCCUGUUCGGUACUGAAUGUAUGCAGGAGAGGACCACUAAGAGGGAUUUAAUAUGGACAACCAGCCCUGGAAGGGCAAAGGUCAGGUCAAUGAGAUCUCUGUCAACGUACAGUACAUACAGUGCCUUCAGAAAGUAUUCCUACCCACUUGACUUAUUCCACAUUUUGUGUUACAGCCUGAAUGAAAUACGUGUUAAAUCGAUCUUUAUUCUCACCCAUCUACCCACAAUGCCCCAUAAUGACAAAGUGAAAACAUGUUUUUAGAAAUGUUUGCACAUUUUUGAAAAUUAAAUACAGAAAUAUUACAUUUACAUACGUAUUCACAACCCUGAGUCAACACAUGUUAGAAUCAAUCACCUUUGGCAGUGAUUACAGCUGUCAGUUCCUCUGGGUAAAUCUAUAAGAGCUUGCACAUUAUUAUUAAGAAAAUUAUUCAAACUCUGUCAAGUUGGUUGUUGAUCAUAGCUCGACAGCCAUUUUCAAGUCUUGCCAUAUAUUUUCAAGACGAUUUUAAGUCAACUGUAACUAGGCCACUCGGGAACAUUCAAUGUCAUCUUGGUAAGCUACUCCAAGUGUACAUUUGGCCUUGUGUUUUAGGUUAUUGUCCUGCUGAAAGGUUAAUUUGUUUCCCAGUGUCUGUUGGAAAGCAGACUGAACAAGGUUUUCCUCUAGGAUUUUGCCUGUGCUUAGCUCUAUUCCAUUUAUUUCUAUCCUAAAAACUCCCUAGUCCUUGCCAGUGACAAGCAUACCCAUAACAUGAUGUGACUACAACUAUGCUUGAAAAUAUGAAGAGUGGUACUCAGUGAUGUGUUGUGUUGAAUUUGCCCCAAACAUAUUACAUAACAAUGUAUUCAGGACACAAAGUUAAUUUCUUUGCCAUAUUUUUUGCAGUUUUACUUUAGUUCCUUAUUGCUAACAGGAUGCAUGUUUUGGAAUAUUUUUAUUCUGUACAGGCUUCCUUUUUUUCACUCUGUCUUUAAGGUUAGUAUUGUGGAGUAACUACAAUGUUUGUUGAUCCAUCCUCAGUUCUCACAUCACAGCCAUUAAACUCUGUAACUGUUUUAAAGUCAGCAUUAGCCUCAUGGUUAAAUCCCUGAGCGGUUUCCUUCCUCUCCGUCAACUGAGUUAGGAAGGACGCCUGUAUCUUUGUAUUGACUGGGUGUAUUGAUACACCAUCCGAAGUGUAAUUAAUAACUUCACCAUGCUCAAAGGGAUAUUUAAUGUCUGCUCUUGUUUUACCCAUCUACCAAUAGGUGCCCUUCUUUGUGAGGCAUUGGGAAAACCCUUGUCUUUGUGGUUGAAUCUGUGUUUGAAAUUCACUGCUCGACUAAGGGACCUUACAGAUAAUUGUAUGUGUGGGGUAGAAAUCAUGUUAAACACUAUUAUUGCACACACAGUGAGUCCAUGCAACUUACUAUGUGACUUGUUAAGCACAUUUUUACUCCCGAACUUAUUUAGGCUUGCCAUAUAACAAAGCGUUUGAAUACUUAUUGACUCAAGACAUUUCAGCUUUUCAUUUGUAAAGUUUUCAAAAAUCAUCAACCAUUUUAAAUUCAGGCUGAAACAACAAAAUGUGGAAAAAGUCAAGGGGUGUGAAUAGUUUCUGAAGGAGAUGUAUAUAACCACCCGCUGGGAAACCCAGGGGGGAAAAUUGCACUAGGUCUUCUGUCCAGGUAUCACUGGACACCAUUUCCAAACUGGGCGAGAAUGUUCCUGUUAAAAGAUCUACUAAUCAUUCCGUUAGCUUACCAAAGAUGGUAUGGUCAUGUCCACUAUUACUACCUUAUGGAAUUUAGAUUUCCUCACUUCAUUUCCUCUCUGAAUUAUUUCACAUCUUGAAAAUGUACACACGAUACAUCGAAAACAGACAAUAUGCCCUUGCGUAUGCCCGAGGCAAUCAGGCCAUUAACUUCAAAUGACAUUAACAACAGUGUAGUAAAUCAACAUACAGGAAUGAGUAAGAUGUGAUUUGUUAUGCUGUGUUUUAUUGACAGCCUCUUUGCCCUCUUAACUCUUAGCUCUUAAAAUGGCGGUCUGAUCUGUCACAUAGUUGAAGUGUGGGAUGCAGCUUACGCUCUGUUUCGCUGCAGUGAUCCGUGUAGCAGAAACAGAAUCUAGGCCUGCAGAGGUCAUGUACGAGGUCACAGCAGGUCACAUUCAUACAGCAUGAUGGCCUCUUCUGUAUGCAUGUCCCCUGGAUCUAUGGUCAAGUUUUAAUGAAGGCCAAUCUCUUUAUCUUCUUUAAGGCUGAAUUGGAUCAUGGAUCCUACGCAUGUGCACGUGACAUGUCUUAAAUCCAUGCCUCAGUUUCCAGACCUUUGCAUCCAACACUUCAGUCGACAAUACGCUGUUGUAGGUAAUCAAAGCAAGGGUGUAUUAUGGGCUCAUUGAGAAAGACCUGUGUCUAUGGAGCUAUUCUGUCGUACAAUAUAUUGUAUGAACAUUCCUUAGUGCACUCACGCAAGAUGGUACCUCUCUUUCUUAUCAAGCGAAAUCAUUUGACCUGUAUUGUCACAGCAAAAAUAAUCCUGCAGCAACAGGAUUUGAACGUUUAGUCCAGAAUGUUGCUUGAUCGCUGGUUAGUCUAUUAGCUGCCAAAAGUAGGCUACAUGAAAAGUGCAAUGCUGUUAAUAUAACUGUGUGUCAGGGUGGGGUUUUCAGUGAAGCUCAUCUGCAUUUAAUGCGGUGCAGUGAUCAAAUUAAGACCCUACAUCCGUAUGAGUUUGUUUGAAUGUAGUCAAUAUUAGAAGCGCUGCUGUGUCUGUAGUUCUGUCCUUGAAAAAGCGUUUGAAGUUGUUGCUUUUUUUUGGUCCUCUUUCUCUUCCGUCACUAUGGCUGUGGUUACACAGGCAGCUCAAAUCGGUUAUUUCCACAUCAGAUUCUUUUCAGAGCUAAUCUGAUUACAACAAAAAAAAGACCAGAAUUGGGCUGCCUGUGUAAACUCAGAUUCUGAUAGUGGUUGCAAGUGAAAAGUGCUAAGUUUAUGUUUGCUGGUGUUUAAGUGUUUUUUUUGUGUACGUUUCUAUGUGUUCUCUCAGUUGUGUUGUAUGGAUGUUGUGUGGUGUCGUGCUUGUGUACGUGAGUGUGUUGUGUUGUGGUGGUUUUGUUUCCGGAGCUAUGAUGUGACUCGUGCCCAGCGUGUGUUCCAGUGUGGUUUCUUGCACUUGAGAAUAUACGGUAUCAGAUAUGUUCUUCAGUAUUGGGAUCAAUUGUAACAAAUGUUUAAGUGAAUACAUGUUACAGACGUGUUAUGUAUAGGUUGCGGUACAUGUUCCUAUAUAAAAAAUAUUCAAAUGCCAAAUAAAGAUUGAAAGUAUA